AUGGCUUCCAGUUCUGCAGCCUCAAUGUCAUUCCUUUCCAUCUUGGUGAUGCUAAUGCUACUAGCAUUAAGAGGUGCAAAUGCUAGUGGAAUUGCCAUUUAUUGGGGUCAGAAUGGAAAUGAGGGCACCUUGAAAGAGACUUGUGCCACUGGAAACUAUGAAUAUGUCAUCCUUGCCUUCCUUCCAACUUUUGGCAAUGGUCAGACUCCCAUGUUAAACCUUGCUGGUCAUUGUGAUCCUUACAGCAAUGGCUGCACCGGCUUGAGCUCCGACAUCAAGUCAUGUCAAGCCAAAGGCAUCAAAGUCCUGCUUUCCCUUGGAGGAGGGGCUGGGAGUUACUCACUUUCAUCCUCUGAGGAUGCUAGGCAAGUGGCCACUUACCUUUGGAAUAACUUCUUGGGGGGACAUUCAUCUUCUCGUCCACUCGGGCCGGCUGUUUUGGAUGGAAUUGACUUUGAUAUCGAAGGAGGGACAGACCAACAUUAUGAUGAUCUUGCGAGGUACCUCUCAGGAUACAGCAACAAAGGCAAGAAGGUUUACUUAUCUGCAGCUCCUCAGUGCCCAUUUCCUGAUGCUUGGAUAGGUAAUGCCCUAAAGACAGGUCUGUUUGAUUUUGUAUGGGUUCAAUUCUACAACAAUCCUCCAUGCCAGUACACCAGUGGUGAUGUUGCCAAUCUCGAAGAUGCAUGGAAGAUAUGGGUAUCGGAUAUCCCAGCCACAAAGAUUUUCCUAGGGCUACCUGCAUCUCCUGAGGCUGCUGGAAGUGGCUAUAUUCCUGUACCUGAUCUUACCUCUAAAAUCCUUCCAUCCAUUAAAGGUUCUGCUAAGUAUGGAGGUGUGAUGUUGUGGUCAAAGUAUUAUGAUGAUCAAAGUGGAUAUAGUUCUUCCAUCAAGAGCCAUGUCUAA